AUGCUUGGGGAGUACUAUGAGACCCGUGAGCGGAACUUGGAGUAUGCGGUAGGUUACUAUGGGGAAACUCUGCGUCACGACGAUUCUCACGAGAAGAGCAUCCUGGCUUUGGCCCGCAUCCACCUCCAUAAGAACGAGCUGGACGUGUGCGAGAAGCAGCUCAUGACACUCCUGCGUGUGGAUCCUUCCAACGAAGAAGCAUCCAUGCUCAUGGCCGAGCUGAAUAUGAUGCUGGCAGCACAAGGAGGGCGCAGUGAUGGUGGUGCUCAAGAGUACAAGGAUGCCACCUUCUACUACCAAGCGCUUUUGGAGAAGAAGCCCUGCAAUUACACAGCCCUCUCCAAGCUGAUCUUCUUGCUAAGGAGAGCCGGCCGGCUCCGCGAUGCGCCCAAGUACAUUCAGGCUGCAGAGAAGGCGUGCACGCGGUCUCCGGAGCGUGAGGCUGGCCUGCGCUUUUGCCGGGGCACCUACUACAGGUGGAUCAGCAAGCAGCAGGACGCUCUGGUGGAGCUGAACUUUGCCCGCCGCGACCCCGACUUCCGUGUGGAGGCCUUGACUCACAUGAUCGAGAUUUACCUGAACCCGGACCCCAAUGCUGGGUUGGAUUCCUUGGAUGUGGCUACAGAGCCGCUGAAUGACAACCUUAGAGAAGUGGACAACCUUCUCAAGGAGCUCAGCCAGGUGAACAAGCAGUCCUGGAACCCUCGGCUGAAGGUCUACCAGUGCCAGAGCCUCAUGUUCACCAAGCAGAAGACCAACGUUGAGCAUGCUCUUAGCCAACUCAUGGACAUCUACAACGACAAAAAGGACUACAUCCCGGCACUUUUGGCAAUGUCGCAAGGUCUCAUUAUCCAAAAGCAGCAGACGAAAGCCAGAAAUCAGCUGAAGCGCAUUGCUGACUUGGCCAAGAAGGGCUACAACCCGGAGUUCAUGGACGAUUUUGAGAGAGCGUGGCUUCUUCUAGCUGAGAUCUACAUCCAGUCAUCGAAGUAUGAUCUUGCAUCGUCCCUUUGCCACUUGGCCAAGGACCACAAUCGGUCCUGCGGAAAGGCCUGGGAGCAGCUUGGCUUGAUUUAUGAGAAGGAGCAGGCGUACAAGGAUGCUGCUUCUCACUAUGAGAAGGCCUGGGAGUUCUGCAACGAGGCCUCGCCGGCAGUCGGUUACCGACUAGCUUUCAACUACUUGAAGGCGAAGAGAUAUGUGCCCGCCAUCAACGUGUGCCAGAGCGUCUUGAAGAUCUCGGAGAACUACCCGAAGAUCAAGAAGGACGGAGUGGCGCUGCUGGUGGCAGCCGUCCUUUUGCUUCUCUUGCUCUUCACCCGGGCAAUCUUCAUAGAUGUGGGUUCCCGGGAUGGAUUGCUGCUGGCCAGUGGUGCAGCCUCCCAACCGGGCAAGGAGCCCUUGGCAGCAGUGGCUGUGGCCCGGCAAGCCAGGAGCCUCAGCUCCUGCGCCUCGCUGCCUGCGAGUGUCUUGCGGGACGUGCAGCAUGUGGCGCUGGUGCAUCGGGGCGUUUGGAGAUGCUUGCACAUCUCCACCGUUACCAAGUACAGCGAUUUCCACGUUUGGUUGGAGGCAGGGGACGGCUCUGGAGUUCGCGUGCAGGGCAGCAAGGUCUUCCUACGGCAGGGUUGGCUCGGCGACGAGGAGGCUGUGGAGUCCGUAGAAGACUUUGGGCUCAACAGCUCUACCGCGGAGAACUCAGACCCGCGGGUGCUCUCCAGUGGUGCUGUGAUUGAGCAGCCUUAUGCUUUCGGCAUGCCGCAACAAGAAGGCCACUGGCCGGUAAGGUCUGUGGGUGUGAUGCACGCCGCCUUCUUGACAGAGGAUGGUGAGGUCUACUGUCUCGGCCGGAAUUCCUGCGGGGAGUGUGCAGUGGAUCCUGCUGUGCAGAAUGUGGCAGCUUCCUGCCGCAAGGUGAGCUUCCCCAAGCACAGCCAUCCGAUUCGACGAGUGGAAUGCGGACGUUCUCACACGGUGGCCGUGGGUGCUGAUGGGCAGUGCUUUGCUUGGGGCGACGACUCAAAGAUCCAGUUGGGCCUGGGCGACACGCGGUCCAACGUGGGCGAGGAGCGGCCUUUCUCCGGCUCCCGAGGCUUCCUCAACACGCAGAAGACCGGGCAGCCUAUGGCUACGCAAAGCUUCCUGCGUGGUGGGCCAGAGUUCACCGGCUCGCGGGUGUUCUCAACCUCCCAGAAGAAGUACGGGGACUUUGAAUCCCAUCAGCAGAUCAAGCCAGCCACCAUGAUGGACAUUCCACUAGAGCCCGAGCGGCAAGUACAUGGUACGCCCUAUCCGCCUCCAAGCGAUGUCCGAUGCGGCGGUGACUUCACUCUCCUGCUGGUCAGAGACAGCCCAGACUGGUACCCGCCAGAGGAAGAGUCUCAGCGGCUCUUUUGCUGUGGAGAGAAUGGCAAGGGCCAGUGCGGCCGGUCUCUUCAGCAGCAGCAGCAAGUCUUCGCUGCUUGCAAGCUGCCGCGGAACAGCAAAAUGCUAGGCUUCUCCUGCGGCUCUGACCACUGCGUGGCCGUGAUCAAGAGAAUCGACUCGCGAAAGCAGGAGCUCUGGUGCUGGGGCCACAAUGCCGAGGGCCAGGCUGGCGGCAGCAACAGCGGGGCGGUAUGCCCCGCUGCAAGGUUGCGGCUGCCCCGAGGGGCACGGGUCGAGGCUGCCUGGUGCGGCUUCUCCAGCAGCGGGGCGAUAUGUUCCGACAGUUCCUCUCGGUUCAGAGUGAAAGACGACGAAAGUGACAGCGAGGGGUAG